UUUUCAUUUGCCUUCGCACUCCGACAUGGCUCCGAACGCGCCGCCAGUCGUGCACGACGCGGGCACGCCGCAGUACCACAACGUGACCACGCCCGUGUACCGCGCGACGACGACGAAAUCGGACCCGGUGCAGUCGGCGCCGUCGCUUUUCGUGCACUGGGUCAUUGGUCUUUUGCUGGCCUUCUCGGUGUUUACCAUUACGGUCUACUACAUGCCGAUCCGCGACCCGGUCACGUUGAACGUCCUCAACAAGUGGUGGAACGUCAACCCCAAGAUCAAGGGCUCGGGCCACUCGGAGAUGACGAUGCCCACGUACUUCUUCUUUGGCGUCGUGCUCCCGGUCCUCGUCGCGUUCUUGCUGGUGCGCUUUGUGACCAAGGGCGUGCCCGCGCCUGUGCCCCACCUCUCGCACUGGCUUCACCGCAAGCCGCGCUUUGCUUUCUCGCUCGUGAGCUACGGCGAGAUCCUCUUCCUCAUCGUCGUUACAGUUGGGAACGUCCUCUUCUUCUACUACUUUUACUCGGCGCGCGUGACGGCCAAGACGACGUACGACAAGCGCAUUGGUGUCGCCGCCAAGACGCUCGGCUUCUCGACCUUGUACAACAUGGCGUUCCUUGCGCUGCCUGCGACGCGCCACUGCUUUUGGAUGGAGUGGCUCGGCAUCCCGUACGCCCACGGCAUCAAGUACCACCGCUGGCUCGGCAUUGUGACGAUCGUCGCGCUCAUUUUGCAUACGGCGUUUUACAUCAAGGACUAUGCCAACGAUGACGACCUUAUCGGGCUCUUGCCGUGCUUCAACUGCAACAUCGGGGCGGGCGAAGGCAAGUCGCGCUGGGUCAACUCGUUCGGAUGGCUCUCGGGCAUCGCCAUGUUUAUCAUGGGUCUCACCUCGAUGCCGUUCAUUCGUCGCCGCUUCUACAACGUCUUUUACGUCACACAUUUUCUCUUUAUUCCGGCCGCGUACUUUGCCGUUUUGCAUUGGGGCAACAUUGUCCUCUGGCUCUUCACGACCACCGUGCUCUACAUUGUGAACCGCAUGAUGUCGUCGGCCACGAUUCAGGCGCCGGUCAUCAUCCAAAAGGCGGCCGCGUACCCGCACGACGUGACCGAGCUCGUGUUUGAGUGCGCAACCUCGUACCAGGCCGGCGACGUCGUCUACCUCAAGGUCCCGUCGGUCUCCAAGACGCAAUGGCACCCGUUCAGCGUCGCGUCGACGCCACUGCACACGCCCGGCUCGCUCACGGUGUACAUCAAGACGCUCGGCCAGUGGUCCGGCCAGGUGCACGAGUACAUUCGCCAGUGCACGGCUUCCGGUGUCGACCCCGUCGUGUACAUGGAUGGUGGCUACGUCUCGCCCGCACUUGUGCCGGCGUCGUACGAAAAGGUCGUCUUCAUCGGCGGCGGCAUCGGUGUCACUCCGCUCAUGGCCCAGAUCAUGCACGUGCUGUACACGCAUCCGUCGCAGGAGGUGCAUUUGAUCUGGCACGUGCGCGAUGUGCGCAUGAUGGUGCAGUUCCAGCAGUGGUUCCACGAAGCCACGGCCGUCGCGGACCACUCGCGCCUCCACUUGCAUUUGUACGUGACGCAGCCGCCGACGACGGUCAUGACGAUCCAGGACGCGCCGAUGACGUCGACGGUGUUCGAUCUCAAGGCCUCUUCGAUCCCGGCGCGGCCGUACGCCAAUCUCUCGGUGAUGCGCCAGGUGCUGCUCAUGCUUGUGGCGUUCUUCUGCGCCGGCGGCCUUCUCAUCAUUGUGCGCUACAGCAACAAGAUCGCGGUCGUCGACAAGACGUACUGGCCGCUCCAGCGUACGGUCGAGUUUGUCGCGGUGGUGGUCGGUGCCUACUGGGCGUACGUCGUCGUUUUGAUCAAGCCGUACAAGCCGCUCGCGACGGCCGUGACCAAGACGCCGGUGGACAUCAAGGCCAAGGACGCGAUGACGAUCGAUGCAUUCGUGACGCACUACAAGGUGCAGUACUGCCGCGCCGACUGGCCGUCGCUGUGGGCCAACAUUACGAACGGUAUCGAGAAGACGCUGACGCCCAAGAUCGGCGUCUACGUCUCGGGCCCCAAGACGCUGUCGCGCACUGUCGACGCGAUGGCCAACUCGACGCUCUUCGAUGUCCACCACGAAGAGUUUGAAAUGUAGAUGCAGUGUUUAGAAGCAAUGCAAAUGUGUACAAUGCGUUCUGUACCCAAAUGUGUCGAGGUCUUAUAGCUCCACGAAGACGAC